AUGGCACACGCACCCUCCGUCGCCAGCUCUCACAGAAACUCGGCGCACGGCCUCACCACGUUCCCAAACCCCUUCCAGGACGAGCCGGAGCAGGGCAUCCUCCCAUCGUUCCUCUCCAAGGUCAAGCAGACCUUCACCUCCGGAUCAUCCACAGCAGCCAUCAUAUCACAACCGGCAAAGCCUGACAAAGGAGGAUCAGAUAGCAAUGUCGGGAAUUAUGCGUAUGAGGAGGAUUACAGCAAGAUCCAGCCGCCUCGAGAAGGAGGACAGACAGAAGCUCAGGCGAUCGCAGAGGCUGUCAUGCGCAAUAGGGCUCAAAUGGCCACUGCUGCUGCCCAUGCCGCUUCCGUGCAGCAGGGGCGAGUAUCCACCGCAGCCGUCCCUAUAAUCGUGCAGCCUGGCGCAGACCCGCCUGGCUCUGCCCCUAUGCAGCCAGCCCAUUCUACCUCCCCUCUCGCCACGCUCUCCAUGAAGCCUCCUCCGAGCACCGUCAUUUCGGCUGGCAGCACUUCUACUCAGCCUACGGGUGCUACCCCGUCCGUCGCGUCUUCGCACAAUUCGACAGCGCCUACCAAGCGCUCGCUCGCGCCUAGCGAACGUCAAUGGAGACCCUCGGGCGUCGCGCCUGCACAGGUCACUAUAUCGCCUGUGACUACGACUGUCCAGACAGCGAGCAAAGAGGCCCCGUCUUCUCCCGGGCCAAGAUCGGUGCCGUUCCCGAUAUCAAAACCAUCCCACCGUACCCACAUUCAUCUCUCCAACCCUGCCGGCCCUUCGUCUUCUCGCUCAGCCACCCCUCUCCACCAUCAUGCGCACAGUAACUCGCUAGGUAUGGCUACUGGGAAACGAGCUCGUCGGUCCAGUAUCGCGACUCUUCCAGACUCGCCUUCAUCACUGUCCAUUUCUGGAAUGAUAGCAGCCAACGCCGAACUUCAGAGUCAUUAUGUGCCGGGUUUUCCUAUAUCGCAGGAUGAUACGCGGAGUGUCAGAAGUUUAGGAGCUGUAAAGAGACUCAAUGGGAUGAGCAGGAUCAUCAGGAGGAUGAAAGGGGAAGGACUGAGCAAGCAAUAUUGGAUGGCGGACGAACAUUGUAAAGAGUGCUAUGAUUGCAAAUCGCUAUUCACUGCUUGGCGGAGAAAACACCACUGUAGAAUCUGCGGCCAAAUCUUUUGCUCUCGAUGUGCAUCAAACAUCAUCAAUGCUCGGCGAUUCGGGAAAGAAGGCGUGCUGAGGGUGUGCAACCUUUGCCUGAAGAUCAUGGAAGAGUACAAGGAAGACGACGAAGAUGACCGGCGCUCUAUAAACUCCGUCUCGACCUCUGUACACCGGUACCCCAGUAUAACAGACAGGGCCUUCCUCGACGCUGCCAUCUCGCCAGAACUCCAGUACGCCAAAUCACCAUUCGCGGCCAGCCAGCUCUUUGCCUCGCAUCCCAACGACUCAUUAAUGGCCAUCGACGAAAGCUCCGUAUCAGGACCGUUCUCUCGCUGGGGGAAUGAACUAUCUCAUGAAGAGGAUAUCGAAUUUCAGAGGUCAUUUUCGCCGAAUGACGGGUCGGACGGAGAAGGUGGGCAGAUGUGGAUUGGUAAAGCACCAAAGACGGCUGCACCUUUCCGCCGACCUAUGGAAAUGGACCAAAAAAUUCAAGCAGAGUCAGAGUCGCCUGAUCCUGGAAACGAGACGCCUGGCACACCUUCGACCGCUCCACCUUCGGGCCCUAUCCUCGGCGGAGCUCACAGGAAUGUGUCUCUCCCGAGGUUGGAGUUCCCAAGGACGUACACCAUGUCGACAGACGGGGAUGAAGGGAGAUCGCCGCUGGAGCGGAGCGAAUCUAGCCACCAGCUGAUCGGACUUCGGACGAGGGCGAGUCAGGCAGGGUUGACUGCGUUGUUGGAUGGGGAGAGGACCGAGGGUUUAUGGAGAGCGAGGUCGCAUUCGUUUGCGAAACAACCGGAAAUGCUGUCAGGCGCCAGUCUGCACCACUUCCAGCUGAUGCUCGCUCAAUCAAUAUCCCGCGCCGACCUGCCAAGACCCGAAGAAUGGCAUCGCGUUUUGAGCAGUCUCAUACUCAAAGUUCCCAACAACCUGCAACCCAAUGUCCGAGCCGGGGACGAUAUCGACGUGCGGUCCUAUAUCAAGAUCAAGAAGGUGCCAGGCGGAAAGAUCAGUGACUCCGAGUAUGUGGAUGGGAUUGUGAUCACAAAGAAUGUGGCCCACAAGACCAUGUCGAGGCGAUUAUACAACCCACGUAUCAUGGUCGUCACCUUUCCCCUCGACUACCAUCGGGUCGACAACCAGUUCAUGUCCCUGGAUCCCAUUCUGGCUCAAGAGAAAGAUUACCUCCGUCUUCUCACAAAGCGCAUCAUUGACGCCAAACCUCACAUUGUCCUCGCCCAAUCCUCGGUCUCCCGCAUCGCCCUCGACUACCUCCUCGAGUCAGACAUUGCCCUUGCGCGUAAUGUCAAGUCUUCUGCCGUGCAUCAGGUAGCUCGCUGCACAGGAGCCGAUAUCGUGGCAUCCAUGGAUCGUCUCGUGCUCCAGCCGCGCAUGGGAAGGUGUGGCGAGCUCCAAAUCCAGAGCUUUGACCAUGAGCUUAUCCCUGGCAGAAGGAAAACGUUGAUGCGGUUUGAGGGAGCAAACAGGGAGCAGGGAUGUACAAUCAUCUUGAGAGGUGCAGACCUCGAGACACUGAGGAAAGUCAAAGUAAUCACAGACUUCAUGUCUUUGGUGGCGUAUCAUCUCAAGACGGAGAUGAUCCUCUAUAAUGAUGAGCACAAUAUCGUACCGCCUGAGCCUCCUUUACCUGCAGAGUAUCGGGAGCUGUUGAAUAUGCUGGAACCCCGCCCUUCGGCGGCAUCCUCGCGGGCAGAAAGUGUCACGUCUGAGACUUCAUCCAACCGUGACCCGCCCGCCACGCCAACUCCUCAUAGUGUCAAUGUUGACACGCCCGAUCCCGAGUCUCCUACCACCCCCAAGCCCAACUCCACUUUCACUACCAAUACUGCUGCCAGCAGCAUACAUGAUAGUGACGACGACGAGAGGGAGAACGAGAAACGGGAAGCUCUCGAGGUCACUAGGCAGAUCGCGACUUCCCUACAGCCGUACCUGAACACAGUACUAUCGUCUUCCGCUGCCAUCAGAUUUCCACCACCAGCUAUACUUGCCAAGAUGGCAGAGCUGGAUAGGAGGCUGGCGGAGCUCAGGCAGAGCAGAGAUGAAGCCGAGGCAGCGCAGAUAUUGGAGGAGGAGACAAAGAUCAUGGAGCCUCCGAAGACUAGUCUUCAUCCAGUGGCUGUUCCUGAUGGUGGUGAUACGGCGUCGAUCCACACAAUAGCAUCCACAGCUACCGGAAAUACAGCAGCUACAGCCACCGAGCCUUCUGCCGAACUGUCAAGUAGUGCUGCUAUGAGCGCUCUUCCAACUUCUACAUUUUCGACUGUCACACACAAGGGCAAAGAGAUCGAUCGGGACCCAUACCGCGUGCUUCGGAAACCAGACGAAGUUUCGAAAGAGAGUGCUCUGGCACAAGUCCAACACGCGCACAAGGAACACCUCAAGCUGUGGCAGUGGCAUAUACGCCGCUUCGCGCCAGAGCAAUUGCGACCCGAAAAUUACCAAGGAAUCGUGUUUCUGUCCUCUUUGGGCUGUGAAGGUAGCGAUAAACCCUGUGUGGAACCGGCCCUCAAGCACAUUGAUUUCUACCAGGCCGGUGAUCAGACUGUGGGGCAGUUCAUGGAGACAUUGACUGCCACUGCGCUCGAGCCCUGCCCAAGCAAGACAUGUGAGAGGCUGCUAUUGUUCCAUUUCCAGCUUCUUGUUCACGGUGAACGGCGACUGCAAAUCGUCUUGGAUCAGUUCCCGUGUCCUUCUCCGGGCCAUGAAGACCAGAUAAUCACUUGGUCCUACUGUCGACAAUGCACGACGCCAUCGCCAACAACGAUCCUGCGAGAAGAGACUUGGAAGAUGUCGUGGGGUGCUUACUUGGAACACUGCUUCUACCCUCCAAAGACACCUGCCGGCUUCUCGUGUCCUCACGACGCCUACCGCGAUCAGAUUCGCUACUUUGCCCACCGCAAUCUCGCGGUUCGAAUCCACAACGAGCAGAUUGAUAUCUUCGAGCCAGUCAGACCUUCCAUUUCUCUACAAGUAAAGGCAGAAACGAAGGUAGCCCUCAAGAAUAAGGAAUAUGAGGCGGCGUUGGCGAAGAAUGGGGCGUUCUUCGAUUCAGUGGUCACGAGACUCAAAACUAUCGAUGUGAACGUUGUCCAGUCUGAUAAGGUUUCUCUUCUCGAAAAAACCAUCGACCACAUGCUGGCCCGGGUCGCCUCGGACAAGGAGGAAAUGGUCGACCUCCUCAACAGGACGUACAAGCUCACGCCCAUGACCGACGUCUUGUCUCUCACCACGGUAUUUCGAAGUCUACAAGACAAAGUAGUACAAUGGGAUAUGGACUUUGGAGACAUCGAGAAAGCCUUCAUCCCUACGGAAAAGGAUCUGAAAAAAAUGACAGCCACUCAUCUCAAACGCCUGUUUGCCAAUCAAGAUGCGUACAGUACCCUUGAGCGCGGUGCCGGACCUCCUUUGGCCGAGGCAGAUGAGGAAAACGCAGGUGAAAAAGAAGCCACGAUCGACCUCGAGUCUUCUGACUAUACGCCUGUGCCCACUCAGCCAACCACCCCCGCUCCCGGUACGCCCGACGCAGACGCAGCUGCGAGGCCCUCGGAAGAGCCUACCGCGAUCGAUCUAUCGUUCGAGACGGAUGCGUCUGCCACACCUAUUGCUGGGGUCAACAAAGUCAUUUCGGAUCCAAUGGCUGUCCCUGCACCCAACGGUGCAACAUCUCAACGACCAGACACAGAGACUGUAGGUGGUGAGAAAGAAAAAGGGUUUGAGACGGACUCAACGGUCUCUGCUUUACCUAGCGAUUUCGCGGGUAAGAGUCCAGAUGGCGCAGCAGAAAGCAGCGCUUUGGAUAGCGACGCUAUACAUUUCGUAUCUAGAUUGCCACGAAGGUCGGCACCUGCUCCCAGUAUCGCUGACCUAGUUCAACGCUUCAAUGAUUCUACCAAGCUUGCCCCCCCGGAGCCGACAUCUACGCCUAAAAUGGAGCGUCCUCGCUCGGGCGGUGGCUCUCGUCGACAGUCUCCACGCCCUCACUUGGUCGAUGUGUCAGAUAGUGACCACAGUCCUCGCACGCGACCCAAGCUUCGUCGUGGACGUACUGAGCAGCCCGUUGUGCGAGCGAGGGAGGCUUCCAGGCCCGGUCUUCUGUCCGAUGGAGAUCGAAGCUAUGCUGCUAAUGCUUCUCGCAUUCCAUCUUCGAAUCGCCACAAAUCCAUUGGGGAAGGGAUGAGCAGCGAUUAUCUCUCUGUCACGAGACCAGGGAUGGGAUCCAGGAAUCCAUCGUAUACGGGUCGUUCUCCUUCCCAAGUAGAUCACCGUUCAUCCCCUAAACUCCGCCACCCUACCCCCGGUCAUGCGCCUCUUUCACCAUACCCUCCCUCUGAAGGGAAACCGCGGGUCGGGGGCAAGGGAAAGACACCCCGUCCUCCAGACUCCGACAGACAUUCUCCUAGUGUCGGUCGCACCAGGCGAGGCGGGCAGCCUGGCUCAUCUCGGGUCACUUCCAUGGCCCGGCAUUUCGAUCGUCUCUCGCGCGAGGCAGAAAGGGAGAGGCAAAAACGGAUUUCAAUCGUUCGAGGAAAGCGAGCCCGUCCUGUCAGUGUUACGAAAGCGAAGGUUCAAGUCUUUGAUAACCUUCGAGACGCUUUCAGGGACGAGUUUGACAGCGACUCUUCUGAGGCAGACAAUGAAGAAGACGAUCUCGGCAGCGAUGACAGUAUUGGAUCGGCUGGUAGGCCAGAUAAAGAAAGAAGAAAGUCUUCGCCUGUCAAAAGCAGAAAGUCUAUUUCUCCCAAAAAGGAUCUGCCGUCGCCGCUACCCCAUCCGCCUUCAACUUCCGAGACUUUGCCAGCCUCAGUAUCGAAAGCUGUCGAUCUUGUCGAGUCGGCGCCCGCGGAGGGUAGCUCCAAACAGGAACAAGCAGCUGCGAUCAGCUCUUCCAUUAGGACGUUGUCGGUUUUGAGCGAUACAAAAUCCGAGAUAUCUUUUACGGAUCGGUUGAAGAUAGAGCUGCCCAGCUUUGAGACAAGUGCUCCUUUGCCUAGCCAUCCAGCGACACCCCACGUCUCCACAGAUGCCACUACUGCCGAUGAGGCCAUUGGCACCUUCUCUACCUCGCAGGCAUCAGACGUCGAAAUCGGUGCCGCGAAUGAGAAAUCGAGUUUACUCAAAUCUCUCAGCGGCUUGUGGGCUUUCAGAGCAGCUGAUCUGACGCCGCUCGAGUACCCCUUAUCCGCCUCCGAACACAUCUUUGCUGACUCUCGAGUGAUCAUUCGCGAGACUGAACCAACAAGUAUCAUCGCUUUCACCCUUAGCUCGAAGACAUAUCGCGAUAAUUCCAAAUCGUGGUCCAGCAACAAGACAGAAGGUCACUUUGAAUCAUUCAUGCCGGAGGAAACUUCCAGGACGGAUAGGGCAGCAGCUUGGGAUGUGGUGUCGCUUGACGAGGUGGAUGAUUCUACUCGUCGCGAAAGAGGCACACAUCUGAAAUAUGAUUUCGAGUCGGGAACGUCCACCAUAUUUUGUCGGAUCUUCUUCGCCGAACAGUUCGCUGCCUUGCGAAAAGCAUGCAAUUGCGAAGAUAGUUUCGUGGAGUCUUUGGCUCGGUGUGUACAGUUCGAUGCCUCCGGUGGGAAAUCUGGCUCUGCCUUCCUCAAAACUAAAGAUGAUCGGUUCAUCGCAAAGGAAAUCACUCGUCUCGAAAUGGACGCCCUCACCAAGUUCGCACCUGCGUAUUUCGACUACACCCGGAAAGCAUUCCAAGGUCAGCGUCCGACCGUUUUGGCAAAGAUCUAUGGAUUUUUCAAGAUUGGCUUCAACAACGCGGUGACGGGCAGGACUAUGAAGAUGAAUGUGCUCAUCAUGGAGAAUCUGUUCUAUGAGCGGCGAUUUACCAAGAUCUACGACCUCAAAGGAAGCACUCGUAACCGUCUCAUUCAGCCGACUGGAAGAGUCAACGAAGUUUUGCUUGAUGAAAAUCUCAUGGAGAUUGUAUACAAGCACCCUCUCUAUCUACGCGAACAAGCUAAGCGUAUCUUGCGUACGGCCUUGUUCAACGACACACUUUUCCUCUCAAAUCUGAAUGUGAUGGACUAUUCAUUGGUGGUCGGUGUGGAUGCGGAGAAGCAUGAGUUGGUUGUGGGCAUCGUAGAUUAUAUUCGAACUUUCACCUGGGAUAAGAAAUUGGAGUCUUGGGUGAAAGACCUUGGGGCCGGUGGCAAGGGUGAACCAACCAUUGUAACACCAAAGCAAUACAAAUUGAGAUUCCGAACCGCCAUGGAGCGGUUCUACUUCCCAUGGGUGCCCGAUAGGUGGACAGUAAUUGGGUCGGAGGACGAGGUUCCAUUGGAGGAAGAGAACGCGGCUGCCGGCGCCGCCUUGGCAGUAGCUUCAUAA